AUGCCUUUCAAUCCUACAUACGCCUCCGUUGAGAAUGAGGGCUGUGACCUUCACUACUGGUUCCAAGGGGCCGGGCCCCUUCUUGUCUUCAUCCCCGGUGGAGGCGGAAUCGGGCGUCAAUUCAACCCUCUGUUCGAGCACAUGGAUCAAAACUACACCAUCUGCACCUUUGACCGGCGUCAGACAAACGCUAGCGUCGUGGCCGAGCAGAAGCCGCUCAAUCCGGCCCAGCAGUGCCGGGAUAUCAUUGCCAUCUGCAAAGCUCUUGGCCGACAAAAGACCUCCAUAUUCGGCAACAGCGGUGGCGGCGUCAUUGCACUGCAAUUCGCCGUCAGUUAUCCUCAGUACCUCGAGCAUGUGGUGGCCCAUGAAGCCCCCACGACAAUCCUUCUGGAUGACACCACCUACCAUCUCAAUCGCGCGUUCGAGAUCCUCGAGGUCUAUCGAUCGGGCGGUGUUGAAGCCGCUUUCAAGACAUUCCAGGUCGAGAUGAAAGGCUUCGAGGAUAGCCCGCCUCUGGAGAAACCCUCGGUCGAAGACGGGAAGAACUUCUUCGAAAACGAAUUCUUGACCUUCACUAUUUACUGCCCUGAUCUUGGAAAGGUCAGGGAGAAGCAGGUCUCCGUCCUCGUUGUAGCAGGUGAGAAAAGUGGCGAUGCGUUCUAUGCGCGAACAACCUACGCGCAGGCAGAGAUCCUUGACUGCCCCCAUCGCGUCUUCCCGGGUCAUCACAAUGGGUACGAGUCCGAGCCAGUUGCGUUUGCCCGCCAAUUGCUCGAUGCCCUUCAAGAUAUGGAAGAGAAAAAGCUUCUAUCGUCCUGUUGA